CAUUUUUUUCCAUUCGCCAUUCAUUCGUUUAUCUACGUUCAAGCCGGACGCGCGCGUGUGUGCUGCUGCUCGGUGUGCUUCUUCGACAGCAGCGGGUAGCGAUCGUUUUCCAUCACGAGACGACGAAACAUUUUCGUACGCAAAGGGCACACAAUUGCAUCUCCCCGGUCACCGUGUAUGUUUUGUUAUGUUUGUGAUAAGUGAACAUCGGUUCUAAGUGUGGCUUUAAAAGGGAUUGGAAAAUUAUCAGUGUGGAAAAGGUGCGAAAAGCAAAUGUGACACCACCCGUCCCAAACCAACCAGGCAGGCAGUAAAACACGUCGAAUAAAUUAGGCGUAGGCUGCCGUGCAUUGCGAAAUCUCUCCCCAGUUGUCGCAGCAGUGUGUGCGCGCACAUGUUUGUUUGUGUGCGUGACAAGAAACACACACGGCAAAACCCGUGAAAAGACCCCGCGCACUUUUCAUUUGGGUCCGCAUAUAUACUUUGUGUUGUUGCCAGUGGGACAGUUUCAUUAUUAUUGCGCGGUCUUGUGCGUACGCGUGCGUGUGUGUGUGUGUUUGGAGCUCUCGCUGCUUGUGUCACAGUGUGCGUGCGCGACACAAAGCAAAGAACGACACAGCAGAUAAAACGUUCGCUUCUUUGCACACUUGAAGCUUAUUCGCAAGACGGAACUGGGCGAACACGUUAAGAAAAAAGAAAAACCCAGCAAAUAACACAUCCAAGUGACCUUAGCGAAACAAGCAAAUUGAAAGAAACGCAGAUAAUCACCAGCAGUGUGUAUCUUUACGUUAGUUGUGUAUCUGUGUGUGUGUGUGAGCUAGCGCUAGUGCUUCAAUUUGCCUGUCAUUUCCUCUUCCCGUGUUUAUUGUGAUAUUAGUCCUCCCUUGUCGGGGAAGUUGCAAGGGACCGCGAUAGAUAAACUAUCAGCCGCGGUGGCAUCUGUAAGCUCUCCAGUGCGCGGAACGCGGGACUCGUUAACCUUCAAAACGUGAUUUCUGUAUGCAACCCAAAACAUAAAGAUUGCAACAUCAGCGCAGCAGUGUGUUUGUGUGACGGCUGUAUGGGUGUGUAGCAAACGAACAAGUGUCAGUGCAUUCUUCGAUUGGGCAAAAAAGCGAAGGUUGUUGUUUAUCGUACGCAAUUUGACAUUUCGUUCCCUGUGCCUAAACAACACCGUAAAUAUUUAAUCUUGGCACGGCUUAACAAGCCGUAGUGCUAUAGGCCCGGGUUAAUUGCGGGAGCACUUUUUUUUGCUACCAGCCGAAGCUGAAGCACCGUGAGACACCAAUACCUAAUAGCAGCAAGAUGCGGAACAACGUGCUGAACAGCAAACACACCAACAACAACACGAUGGAAUCGUUCUACGAGGACAAUAACGCCCAGUUCGUACCGUCCACCACCACGACGAACGGUGUUACGACGGGCAACGGGAAUGGGUUGAAGCGGCCCGCCACGCUCGAGCUGAACCUCGCACCGGGAAAGGCACGCAAAACGCGGUACAAUGCGUCCGUCACCAUGCCCUCGGUACUGCCCUCGCCGGACAUGCAGAUGCUGAAGCUGGUGUCGCCCGAGUUGGAGAAAAUCAUUAGCACCAACGCGACGCUACCGACGCCGACGCCCAGCGCCAUCAUCUUCCCACCGUCGGCCACGUCCGAGCAGCAACAGUUUGCGAAAGGGUUCGAGGAUGCGCUGCUUUCCAUCCACAAGAAGGACACCACCAGCAAGAUGAACACGAACAACAACAACAAUAAUAACAGCAAUACGAGCAAUAACAACAAUGGUCCCAGUGCGAACAUUGGCGGUGCACCGGCGGAACGGCUGUGUCCACCAACUACGGCCGCCCCGACGACCGUGGUACCGGUGGUGGGUGGUACGACGACAAACAAUCUCGCCAGUACGGUACUAGCUUCCGGCCACAAUAAUGGUAUGAGCGGGGGAGAAAUUACCUACACAAACUUAGAUUACCCAGGCGUUGUGAAGGAGGAACCGCAGGCCACCUCGAGCAAUCAAUCGCCCCCGGUCAGUCCGAUCGAUAUGGAAUCGCAGGAGCGCAUCAAGCUGGAACGGAAGCGGUUGCGGAACCGGGUGGCCGCCUCCAAGUGCCGCCGGCGGAAGCUGGAACGCAUCUCGAAGCUGGAGGAGCGGGUCAAGGAACUGAAAACGCAAAAUUCCGAGCUGAGCGGUGUGGUGUGCAGCCUGAAGCAGCACAUAUUCCAGCUGAAGCAGCAGGUGAUCGAGCACCACAACAACGGCUGUACGAUUACGCUGGUGGGCAAGUUUUGAGGUGAUUCGCGAGCCCAAAACCCUAAUGCGGCUUACCUUAUCGUAGCCUUCCGCUUUACUAUAGAUUUGUCCUUUAAGGAGAUAAUACAAACGUGCGCAGGACGUCGCGAUUGCUUUGCAAAAAACGGGGGAAAAGCAAUAAGUAGUAGCGUAGCAAAUCAAAACGACACACAGCAAACAGUUACACAGACACACGAACAAAGCUUAUUGCCAUUGUGAAACACAGAAAUGCCUUAUCGUAUUACGUAGGAGUUUUGCUUACACAGGUGCAUGGGUACACUACAGAGGACCAUGUGCCGGAGGAAGCGGAGUAGGAAACAGUGCAUGUGCAAAUGCGACGAGUAAGGAGUUUAAAACGGAAAACAAAACGGUGGAUAAAUGUAGUGUUAACCAAUUAUUGCGUUAUUUAAGCGAUAAGUUAGUGACCAGGACAGGGCGAAAAAGGAAAAAAGGGACUAACUGUUCCGUUUUAGGUGAGGUAUAGGACGAUAAGCUGUUAAUAGGUCUGACUGCCUGUGGUCGUCAGCGUUUGGGAGGUAACGAGUCAGAUUUUAGGUCAGGUUUAUUUUAAUGGUAGGAUUCGAGUUCAAAAACAAGUGCUUCUAGUCGUUGGAUUGAGCUUUUCAGAGGACACCUUGUGUUAAAACGCGGUCGAGAUUGUCCGCGUCCGCAAUGCUCUAGUGUCAUAUGGAUAGUUUGUAAGCUUUGUUCUCGUUUAAUGUAAAAGAGGUUUUAUUUAGAUGUUUUCCCUCGCUUUAACCACUUUCUCGUUCCCAGUUUAAACGUUUUUAGCCCCUCUCCACGUCCCGGUAUAGGAAACUAUCCGCCAGUGCUUACAAUUUUGUGUUGCCUUUUUGUAUGCUUUUAACUUUCACCUCACUUACCCCCGCUUAAAUAGUCAGCAGAAAGCCACUAGAAGUAGAACUCGCAUGCCAUAACGAAAGGAACCAAUUAUUUUGUUUUACCCAAAUUAGCAAUUUAUGUUAACAAAAUACAAAGGAACAAAAUUAUCCACCGGAGGAAGGUUUAGCAGCAGGCACCACGACGCAUGCUCUUCGUUUUGUCCUAUUCUCAACCAGAACAAGUUUCUUUUAGUUUUGUAUAUUUAAAUGUGCGUGCAAUGUGUGUGUUUGUUUGUAUAUAGUAAACGCUUUAUAAAAAAAAAACUGUCGUAACGACGGCCCUAGGAUCAGUCAGUCAGUGUGCCAGCGCUAAAACAGAAUGCUAAAAUGUGUACGAAACGAUACAAAUCGAUGCCACUAUACGUGCAAAACCAUUUCGGUUAGCUAUUGCAGUACUUUCGCUAGUACAGGAAGCAACAGCAGCGGGUGCAGCACCAUGUGCUGCGCAACGGAACGCCGCGCGAUGGUAGGGAGCAAGUCAUUGAACAUAUAUUUAUUUGUAAGCUCGUUUUGAUUUCGUGCAUUACCUUAUUUUUGAAGAUAUUUACAAAUAAAACGAACAUUACAAUUAUUUCGCUAAAAAAAAA